AUUUGAUCAAAUACGUAAUGAAAGGAAGAAACAUACAAGUUUUUGUAGUUUUCUGUAUUUUGAUUAAUGCUUCAUACUCAUACAAAGCUACAACCUAUAUGUACAUCUUAGCUUAAGAAUGGGUUGGAUCUGUAUGCAAUGUUGAGCCUAGCUGUCCGUAUAUGGGAAAAUAUGAUGGACAACGCUGGAAUGUACAUGGUUUAUGGCCAAAUACUUAACUAGCUUCAUCUUGUGGAUCAAUCCAAUAUUGUAGAACAGAUCCAUAUGAUUCCUCUAAAAUAUACUAAAAUACUAAAGAUGUAUUGGAUGUUGUUUGGAAUGGCUUAUAUUCAGACACCGAAGCUUUUAGAGGGUAUAUAUAUAGGUUAUAUGGAGGUAUGAAUGGGAAAAACAUGGUACCUGCUACCCAGGGGAAGUCUCAUAGAAUUAUUUCUUUUAGACAGCAGCAGGAUUAGCAUAAAAAUACAACUAUUUUUCGAUUUUGGCUAAAUCUGGAAUUUAUCCUGAUGACAGUAGACAGUUGGUUGAAUCUGAUGUAAGAAAUGCCUUUGCAGCAGUAUUGGGUUCCAAUGUUAAAAUUACCUUCUCUUGUUUCAAAGAUUGUAUUUAAUAAUUUAAUUCGCCGUAGAAGUGACAGGGAAGUAUUUCUUAGGAUAACUAAAAGUUUGUUUUGAUGAGCAAUUAUAAAUUCGAACUUGCAAUUGCAAAUUGAGUUAAGAUGAUGGAGAGAUAGAGGAACAAUAGAAUGACUCCUAGUUUUCUGCUUAGCCAUUGGUUUCCUGUGGUUCUGUAUUCUACUAUCCAGAGUUGUGAU